AUGGCGCAGCGAGACAGUACCACGACGCCUGUCGCAGGCCAUGGCAUCCACAUUCACACUACGCUACUGAAAAAGGGGGACGGAACUCCGGUCAGUUUGCGGAGACUCAAGGACGACCUCGACAACGCACGGCCGCACACGUCGUCGUCGUCGAUGCGACCAACGUUGGCCCCUUCGUUGUCAAGUCGGGCAGGGCCCGAAACGUCAAGUAUAUCCGCAGCAGCAGCCAUAUUGGAGCCGUUGGAGCGGCGGCCCAAGUCCAGCGCUACGAGUAGUAGCGGGGACUUGCGACGGUUGUCCACGCACGCGCAUGCGUCGUUGGUGUCGCGGCAACCGUCGCAACAACUGCUCAGUCAACAUCCCAGCGACCUUCACCACCACCAACCAUUUUUCCAAAUCAAAACUUCGUCGUCCGUCCAUCGGUGCUUUGGGUGCGGAGGAAGCCCCGAAAUGUGCCUCACAUGCUUCUCCGAAUGCAAGAAGAGCGACAUGACAAAGUACAAGCAAAGUCUAGCGAAAGGGGUUGAAUGGUUGUUUGCCAAGGCCACCACGCGGGCGUUCCAUCACAUGUCGAUCACGAUGAGCCGCAUGAUCUUUGGAGUGUGGAAGUUCUACGUGCAGCACAAGCGACACCAUCGAGCGUAUGUGGUGCGGUUCCAAACCCGUGUACGAGUCAAGCGUCUCUUUCUCGGCUGGCGUAUGCUCACAUAUGAACGACGCACGUACGGCGCGAUGUUGUAUGCAGCUGAAAAGCAGAAACGUGUGGAAACGCUGGAACUGGAAACGGACCAGCUCCACGGGACCGUGACCGAAUUGACCAAGCACAGCCACGUGCGGUCGCAGCUCGACGACGAAAAGGUGGCCAAGCUGCACGCGACGAUCGAGGUCGAACGACAGCGUGUGGCGGAAAAGAACAAGGAACUGGCGGCGGUGAAAAUGCAGUUGACCGCGGCGUUGGCCACGAUUGAAGACCUCCGAUCGAAAGCCAAAGCAUCAGAAGCGUUGGCGCCACUGGAAGCCGAGCUGUUUGACUACAAAAAAGCAUGUUUUCAAAUGGCCAACGAAAUGCUCACGCAAAUGGAGCGGCAACUCGAAGAUUAUAGCCUGUUUGAAGGCCAGCAAAAUCUAGCCGACAUUUUGAGUGGAGAUGUCGUCAACUCGCUCGACUUUGCAGAGCAUCCGCUGCUGUACGACCCCACGGCCAAGUUUGCCAAGGAAAACAAGCUCACCGAUAAGACGACAAAGGCACCGUCGCCUAAAAAGUCCAAAACUGACUCACCCGGAACCAUGUCAGUGGCGACCAUCGAUCGAGCUGAUCGCAUUCUCAUGCAAUGGGCCAACGCGAUGGUGCGUAAAUCGUCCUUGGAUUGGAUCAAACCCAGCCGCAUCAACAACUGCAACACCAACCUACAAGACGGCAAAUCGUAUGCUGUGCUUACCCUGACGCUGCACGACGCCAUGUGCAAAAUGAAGUCCCGCAAAAAAGACUUCUCCAUGAAUCCACUGCAGCGUGAAAAUGGCAUGGCGUUGACCGACCAAGCCGCCGAGCGAUAUGUGGCAUUGAUGACACAUGAAGUGGACGACCAGCGGCGCAUUGACUUUAUGAUGAAUACCAUUGGUCAAGCCAUGUGGCUGCCGUCAGAAUUUGUGCAAGCCGACGACAUUCUCGCAGGAGACACAGACUUCAACUUGGUUUUUCUGGGAUAUCUCUUUUGCACAUCGUCUCCCAACCUGGACGAUGCGCACCACCAGCACGUCACCGACACAUCCCGCGACUUGACAUUUGAACGAGCCAAGUGGCGCGAGCUCAAAGAUGCCGCGGACGCCACGACCAAAGACCAAACCGUGUCCAAGAAAAUCAAGUUGGCACUGGCACAUCUGUUUGAACUGAAAAAGAAACUCGACGGCGAUACGCGCAAAGCUCACGACGGCCACGUGUUAUGGUGGAAAAGCGCUCGAAUUGUCCUGCGCAAGUGCUUUCUGACGCUGUCGUUGCUCGCCCAUGGCAAGUCGGGGUUUAUGUGUUCGGCCGACAAGAGUGCCGAGAACGAAGGGUUCUUGGUCGUGCCACGGGAAAAACUCAAGUCCGUACUGUUUGCCAAUGAAGACUCGAAAUGGGAAUUGGACAUGCUGCAAGGUUACCUCAACAGCGUCUUUAAUGACCUCGCGCGAAUCUACCGAGGGUAUGCAUCGCGGUCGACCAAUGCAGACGACGACGUGGCCGUGAUGAGUCAAGGCGACCUCCUCGAACUUCUUUCUGAAUGCAACGUCCCAGAUGCCAACUUUGCACUCGCGGAUAUGGCGGAUAUUUUAGUCGACGUCACUCAAACUAAAUCCGCGGCUGAAAAUGGAGUCGUGGAUGUCAACCGGGCACUGCUCCCUGUAGAAUUCAUCGAAGCACUGAUUCGAAUUGCGCGAAAGCGAUACAGCGGCGUAACCAAGAAGACAGCGCUGUCGGAAUCGUUUUGCCUGCUCGUGGACAACCAAAUACUGCCCUUUGCCUACCAAAGCGACGCAGACAAGUUUCGAAAGCAGAUGGAAAGCCCAGGGAUCCGAAGCCUCAUGAUCAAGUAUUUGGACGAUUUGAAAACGCUGUUCGGCAAGUAUUCGUUCAUUGACGCCAAUGGCGGUGGCAACAAGAAAAUGCGCAAACAACUGCGCAUGACAGGCCAUUCAUUGGUCAAGUUUGUUGCCGACAAAAGUAUCGAGGACGUUGCGUUUACAAAUGACCGCGUGAUGCAAGUCGUGGGCCAUGUGUGCCAGGGGAGAACUCUGUCCAAGACGGAGCUCAUGCAGAGAGACGUGACGUUCGAAGCGUUCCAGGAAGCCAUGGUCGCCAUGGCCUGCCACAAGUUUCCAGACCCGUACUUGUCGGUCGAGAACCGGUUUGAGAAGUUUGCCAACUUGUACAUUGUCACCAUGCGCGACGGAUACGCCGUAUGAAAUAGUUGUAAAACUUUGCUGGCAAAUCAACCACCUGCGGGACUGGUCAAUUCAACAAUUGCCAGCACUACGUGAAUUGGGAACGUUAACCCCCCUAUACUGUAAAUGCAAAAAGUGUUGUACUAUAAUAGUAAACUUGAGCCCCAA